GUCACUGCAAGAAGCAUUCAGCACCACUGUGUAAUUCUUCCCUUCACAUAGUAGCAAGUGACGCUGUGGUGGAGUGUCUGUUUAAAGGGAAAAGUCACGUUUCACAUAUUUAUGCCCAGAUCUCAGUUCCAGCUAACAGCUUAGCUGGAGCAGGGGUGAGGAAGAGGCUUCAAAAGAGCUCAGAACUUAUUUUUGUUUUAAACAAAGGAGGCUUUUUUUUUUCUUUAAAGCAACUGAAAAAGCUAAUCCAGAAAGCGAAAGCUUCUCAGUGCUAGCUGCACAGUGCACAAUUAACAGAUCAAGAAAGUCAACUAAUGCUACAAAGAACCAGCAUUCCAGCAGUGAGGAGUUCCCAGAGGGAGGGAAUUGCAACUGCGAAUUCAACUAGAUGUCAAAGAGGAAGCUGUUUCUUUUGGUGGACGUGGACCUUAUUUAACACUGGAUUUGUGUGCAUCGCUCUUCAGAUAAUCACCUGGAAAUCUGUUGUGCCUUCCCUUCAAAACAAGCAAGUGCUGCUAUACAAAGCAUUUCUUCUUCUCUGUUUGGCUUACAGUACAGGGUUUUGUUAAAGAGGAGAGUCUUGUUUCUAUGCACGGGAGGCUGCCACAUUCCACUCCCAGGAAAAUUAAGAAGAUCCUGUCAACUCAUCCCAGAUAACCAGUUCAGUUCACACAGAAGACCCAGUCCAUUUGGCAUAAGCCCUGGUUUUGUCUGAGAGAGCAAGUGCCUGAACAAGAGGUAUAUAUAUAGAUAUAUAUUUACACAUUUUUUUCUGAUUACUAUUUGAGGAUUAAUGAUGUAAAUGUGAUCUAGGGAGACUGAAAGAAGCAAACUCACUGAGCCAUGUAAGUGAACUGAAUUGCUGCAUUUACGUUUAUACAGUAUGUGGCUGGAUUUCAGCUCGUUACAAAUGGGAACAGUCCUUUUCCACACCAACGACUGACACUUUUGCUCUCUUCUGAUACACCUACAGGGGAAGAAAAUUUAAGCAAGAACAUGUAUAGUGAAUUGUUAAAUUCAACCAGUGCCACUGAAGCUCACCUAAUCAUUCAGACCAACACCCCCUACCUGAACAGCACGCAGAGACCAGUAAGCUCCUCCGCGUUUUAUAUGUCAACAGCCAGGGUGUUAAAAGAAGGGGAAAUAAAUAAGCCAGAUCUGGUGACUUACAUUGUUCUGUUUUUCUUCCUGCUUUUGACUGUGAUAAUAAUUGUGCUCUUUAUUAACUGUCAGUUGAAAAAUUCUUUUUUUGCUACUCUACCUUAUGACAGAUCACUCAGAGAAACAAGGAGUACAUGGAGGACACAAGCUGUCUAAAACCACAAAGGGGAAGCCUUGUUUAAUACAGUUUUGCUUUGAUAUAUAGCACUAGCAUGAGCCAGAAAACAUGUGCAAUAAAAUGUUAUUUCCUUAAGCUGUUAGGUGGAUCCAAUCCCCUUUUAAAUAACGUUUGGAGUCUCAGUAUUAAGAGAAAAAAUUCCUUGCAGGGAAAAAAAAUUGCUGUAUGUAUAUUAGAGUAGAUGUAAAUAAAAAGUCCUUUUAUGAAUUAAAAAGAUAAAGCAUUAUUAUGUUUAAUUUAUGUACAGAGAUACACACAAAAGAAAUGCAUUGCAGAUAGUAGAAACCUCUGUUUAACUCUAUAUGUAUGCAAAUUUCAUCACUGACCCAUUCAAUCAAGGUACAAUGGCAUUUGCCUUGACAAUAAUCUCUAAUUUGUACAUCUGGUGGAACUGUAGCCUGUAUUUGGAAAAUCAUGGCAUCAAAGGUAGAAAUGUUAAUAUAUUUACUUGAGGGCCACAAUGAGGAAAUCAAUUUACUUUACAGACCCAUUUUGCUUUAUUGUUACUGGAAACAUGUGGCAAUGUAAUGGAAGAUAUUUCUGGUAAAGACCGUAAGCCAAACAUGCAUCUCUUUUAGCAUCUCUUCUGUGAUCCUGUUAACCAGCAUUCUUGAUGUUCUAGUGCGGGGAUACUCAGACCUCAGUGACUCAGGACCCAAAUUAGUGAUCAACAUUACCCAAAAGAUCCACCGUAGUGUGAAUUUUUUGUUUCAUUUACUAUAGUACUAUUCAUAUUUAAAUAGAAUGGCAGGGGAAAUACUUAGUUUUUAUAUAUUAUUCUCACAGCAAAUAAGUUAUUAACUUAGUAGAAGUUCAUAACUUAAUUGGUUAAUAAUAUAGUAAAACAUCUUGAUUGGUAAAUAACUUAGAUUGGUUAAUAAUUAAAUCACAGUGUUUUAAUAUCAUGUGCUGCUAAGAGCUGCAGGAGACACCUUAAAGAGCCACUUGUGGCUUGCGAGUCACAGUCUGAGUAUCACUGUUCUAGUGUCUCCUGGUCAGAUUUUCAGGCCCCAGUUCUGCUAAAUGGACCACUUAAGAAUGAGGUAACUUGGUUUAAACUUUCUUGAACAACAACAACAAAAGCUGCAUUAACCAAUGUAUCAACCCAAAAGGAUCAUUGGGGUGGAAAAAUGCCACUGUGACAUGGAAACUAAUUAUGAGAGGAUAGCAUCAGUCCCAUUUUGGUGCAAAAAAAAAAAUGAGUAACAAAUUGAAAAGCAGGAAUCACAAUUUUAUAAGAAUGGUUACUUUAAUGCUCACAAUCAUUUUCAUCCCAUGCUUUUGGCAUACUGCUGGAAAAAUUAGAAGCAUGGAUGGAGGAUGGUGCCAUUUACUCAGCAGUGGUCACUGGUGACAAAUUUAAAUUGCAAUUAAUUAGCAAUGAGGCGCUGUUAUAAGAGCUACAUGAAAAUGUCUGUUUAUACUUACUAAUUGACUUGAUACUUUAUGUAUACAAAAAAUGUGAUUUACUACAGAGCUGCAUACUUCUAUUCUGUAAUCCCAGUUUUGCAGAGAAAGAACUGCACAGUGACUGGUAUGCAUCGUCAUUCUAAUUAAUAGUCAAAGAAUGUCAUGUACCCAGUGGUUCAUCAAGGUUGAGGCUGUAGGUAUAUAGGAGUAUGUAUAUAGACACAUACACAUAAGGCCAGAUUCUACUCUCAAUGACACUGGCACAAUCCAAGUGAAACAAAUGGGAUUCAGCUGGUGUCACUAAGAGCAAAAGUUGUACCUAUGUUUCAGUUCAUUAACGUACAGAGAAUCAUGGGAAUGUUGUGUGUAUGUAACUUCUUUUAAAGCCAACUGUAAAGAGUUUACAAACAGAUCACAUACACACAUGUACAGUGAGCUGAUAUAGACACAACCACAUGUGUAUGUGUGUGUGUGUGUGUAACCUGUUUGCAAGCUCUCUUACCUUACAAGAAAUGUUACCAUUGACAAAUCAACUAUCCUUUUAUGCUCUCAGAGUAGUGAACACUUCAUGCUUUUAUCACAGAGAAGAACAAAACUACCAUAUAACUAGGUCUGACUUGUUUCACAAGGAGCAAUUCUUAUCUCACUUAAACCAGUUUAACAACUGGUGUAACUCCAAGGACUCACUCGAGUAUAAAUGCAGUGUUUAUAUGCGAACUGCAUUUAGCUCAACACAUCUAAAUGUAAGAGUUAGAGGAUUAAUUAAUCAAAUUAGGCAAUAAAUGGCUUUUAUACAAUGAUAGUGUGUUUUAAAUGAUCAUAAAUAACAAGUUUGGUCUAAGAAUUUCCAUUGGCACAACAAUUACGACCUUUUAAAGUGUGUUUUGCAUUGUACUGUAAUUCAUUUGUAUUAAAAUAUUCCAUCACACAAGAAAAAACACAGCAGAAUCCUAUUUUUAAAGGGUUAAUGACAAGAGGAGGGUCAUCAAAAGAAUAUGGCACACUUACAAUGAUAUUUACAAUGG